CAGUUUUAAACAAAGGCAUGAAGAAAGAAGAAACUGAAACCCUAAACAUUACUCGCUCGCAAGCAAAUCCCCAAAUAUCAAGAUGUUUGGUCUCCGUGGAAUCGUUUCUGAUAUCGCUCUCCACCUUCGUCAAAACCUAUCGCAUCGGGGAGUGCGUGUACAGAAUAUAAACAUUGGAGGUGGUGUUGGAGGGGAGAUACCAGAUAACAAGCGCCUUGAGUAUGCUCUUCAGCAUAUUCAUGGAAUUGGUCGUUCCAAAGCUCACCACAUUGUGUGUGAGCUUGGAGUUGAGAACAAGUAUGUCAAGGACCUUAGCAAAAGAGAACUAUAUUCUAUUCGCGAAUUACUUUCCAAGUACUUGAUUGGAAAUGAUUUGAAAAAAAUGGUUGAGAAAGAUGUGGGAAGGUUGGUUACCGUUCAGUGCUACAGAGGGAUCAGGCAUGCCGAUGGUUUACCCUGUCGAGGACAGCGAACUCAUACAAAUGCCCGCACCAGGAGGAGUAGGCGUACCUAUGGGGGAUCAAGAUAAGUACUGUUAAGGAAACAGAUGAGUUGUGUUUCUACUCAGCUAUGAGCUAAUCAAAUAAGUUUUGUUAGACACUUAGUUACUUUAAGCCAAAUCAAUAUUGAACUUUGCAGUUUCAUUUACCUUUGGCAUGUUUAUCUUUGCUUUACAAGAAUACUCGUUUUUUUUGUCUCAUCCCAUAUGGUCUUAUUUUUCUUCUUUAUGAGUUUCUUAUCUUAGUUGAUUAGUAGUAGUUAACAUGCUUUUUUAAUUGAAUUCUUUUUA